AUGUCUUCAUCCAUCAACAUCAAACUCCCUGGCGCAGCACAUCAGGAUCACGAGUACUACAUUUAUGAUGUGCGGAAUGACGCAGUGCUUCCUUCCUCUGGCAAGCCUACAAAAAGUGUGGACUUCGUUGGCUAUCUCUCGGUUGGGUUGCUGCCAACAGUAUAUCCUCUUUAUCUCAGACAACAGUUAUGUGUGAUCGCCUACAUUCGCACACCCGUGCUACACGUCUCACCAUUUAUGACCCCCCACAAUGAUGUUCCGUGCUACAUCCUGAUACUCGACUUCUCCGCCCCGCUGUUGGACUUGCCUUUCGUGAUGAGCGUGACCUGCAAGAAUGGCAUGCAUGGUCUAUAUCAAUACGUCGAUGACACAGACAUUGUUGGUCGCACUGUCGUCCAUAUUGCAUGCUACCCUACAGGUCGUAGUCUCCACAGGAUCAUGAUGGCGUGCCCCCAGUGGCGGUACCCGCUUGCCUACCUUUGGGUAUUCAUCAGGAUUGCAAUGUGCUCCAGUGGCACACAAAACCCACACCUGCUCGCUAGCCAACGUGCUCAAAGGCAGCAGGUAAUCGACCAACUCUGGCCCAUUAGUCUGACAAAGACAAAUGUUGCUGCUUUGUCCUUGGAAACUGUUCUUUCUAAAACUAACAAGAAGCCUAUUUCUGAACGCGAGAUAUUGGGCCUUUUUUUUUAUGAUGUGAGACGCACGCUGGGCUACAUCAUCGACGACUCUUGCGCUGGCCUGGGUUUCGGCGAUGUUCUGACGGACAAAAUCCUGGAUGCCCUGCAGAUGUUCCUAAGACCACAUGCGCACCUUCUCCCUCUUGCAAUGGCCAAGGAGAUCAUGUACCAUGUUAUAUUCUGUACUAUGAACACGUGCGGUGUUCAAUUGACCAUUGCUGAUCUUGAGCCUGCGAUGUUUAGGCAUGCUCCACACCCCCCAUGGGAGACAACAGCGUUCCUUGGGUCAUCUUUAUAUCAGGUUUUACUACAAAGACUUGUCAACAGCUCAAGCGAUCCCAUUUCCCUGGUAGAUUAUCCGACACCCAGCCAGAUUUUCAUGGAAUUGAAAGAGACAGCCAUUCAGGCAGGCUCUGAGGAGCUUAUGUAUAAUAAUCUGAUGUACCAUACUAAAGCGAGAGCAACGUCCUUCAUAUUACCCGCCCAAGGAACCAGCCUUCUGUGCUGGACAUCUUCACUCGGCACCUCAAAAGUGAUCACAUAUACUUAUGGUACACACCAAACAGUCCCAACCACCCACUUUCUUGGAAUUGAACAGACCGAGGCAGCCCUGCUAGCUUGGCUCCAGGCACAAGGCCGCGACACUCUUCCAGAAUCCCUUAUUAUAACGGCUUCUGUGGUGUUUGGACUAGUGGAUGCUCAUGAUCUCAUGACUUUGAUUGAUAUGUGCCUCAAAGAGGUCGCAAUGAACACGCAGCUUCAGCAAGAAGAGGGGAGUUGCAUGGUAUUCCUCUUUAAUGCUAUCGCAAACUUGUGCGAAGAGCUGGAAAAUCGACACCAUCCCUUUGACCGACCGAAACCAGCUACAGUCGAUGUUGCUGCGUAUGCUGGAGCAUGCCCAGCGCAUAAUCUAGAAUAUGUUGAUUGCUUCCAACCCACACAAGCCACUCGAGACAAAUGCAAUGCGUGGCUUCUCACGUCAUCGCAUGUCCAAGGCGUUAUGCAGGUUGAUUCUGAUACCAUCUGUGUGCUCCUCAGUUCCCCAAAAACUGUGGAACUUCCUGAUCUUCCUGAAUGUCUUUUAAGGCCUGACGAUCUUCUUUCCCUACCUUAUCUAAAGAAGCGGCGCACACAGGCUGAAGUGCACAUGUUUUCGGAAGCCAUGGAAUGCUUGUCUGAGUUCAAGGCCACGUCAGAUGGCAGAAGCUCUGAAAUUAUAACAUUCAACACCUAUUUACCUGACAACUAUCUCGAUGAUUUUGUUUCGGCCUCAUCUUUAUCCUUCUCUUCCAGUGACUCUGUACUCCUGUAA